UAGCCAACCAGGACAGACGAAUGAUGUUCGAGAUGGACUUCGACGAAGAUGUAUGAUGUAUAGAAUAGGUGGCCAUAUUGUCUGAGUCCUUAUUGGCUGCGUUUUAUUCCAGUAGCCAAUCAGGCUAAAGUAGCGAUGCAUGAGAAGUAGCGUAACUUGCCAGGAGACGCUCUUUUGGGGCAGAGCGGCAGCAGAGAGACUUCGUCCGCGUUCAUAGUCAUUAUUACCAUGGAGGAAAUAAAUAGUUGACGAUUCUUUUAACCUUCUCUUUUAAGCUUUCUUCCGUUCGAUCUUUGGUGCUCCUCGUGAGCCUUCCGUUCUGGGUUUAUCGACGUGUUCUGCUGGUUCUCCACGGUCUCCGCAAACAUGAAGUACAUCGUUGGCAUCGGCGGGGUGACGAAUGGUGGUAAAACCACAUUGACGAACAGGUUAAUUAAGAACUUGCCCAACUGCUGUGUUGUUCACCAGGAUGACUUCUUCAAGCCCCAAGAUGAAAUUAAAGUUGGCGAGGAUGGCUUUAAGCAGUAUGACGUUAUCACUGCUCUGGACGUGGAUGCCAUGAUGGAUACGAUCAAGGCUUGGCAGGAGAAUCCAGUGAAGUUUGAGAGAUCACACGGCAUCAACAACAGCUUGGAUGCAGAGAUAGUCCCAGUGUCUGACCACAAUGAUGAUGUCCACAUCCUCAUUGUGGAAGGCUUUCUUCUUUACACCUACGGGCCAUUGAUCGACGUAUUUAACCAGCGUUACUUUCUUUCUAUUCCAUAUGAAGAAUGCAAAAAGAGGAGGAGCUCAAGAACCUACACAGUGCCAGACCCACCAGGCCUGUUUGACGGCCACGUUUGGCCAAUGUAUGUAAAACACAAGAGGAUGAUGGAGAACCUUGGGGUUGAUGUGGUUCAACUGGAUGGGACCUUGUCAAAGGAACAGCUGUACAAUUUGGUCUAUGGAGACAUCCAGAAUAACAUCCAGAAAGUGCUGCAGUAAAGAAUUCCCGGUCCGCUGAGAAACUGCUGCUGGAAGAAAAUGCGGCCUUGCCUAUUUGCGAAGUGCCACCUUUUUUAACCAUUGAUUAUUGAGACAUAAACAUGUCUAACACUAUUGUCCAGUGGUUUUAUAUUUUGCAUAUAUUUAUUGCUGUCAACAAGCACUUAAAGCAUGGAAACAUUUUUCCAGCUAGAUGCAGUGAUCAAUAAAGGGAACCUCUAAUGUG